UGCGCUGGGGAGGUGGUUUACGGAGGUAGCGGCGCAACACUGCCCAGGCCCAUUGGUGCCCGUAGGACACUAGUUAUUAUGACAUUUUUACUUGACUUGAAUAUUAAUACUGUUGCACUUUUCUUUUGUGGAUUUCAUCAUGCUGCAGUGAAAUAAUUAACAAAAACAAAACACAUUUUUUACCUGCACUAGCUCAUAAAUCAGUACUUUUCCAAACCAGAACCUGCCUGUUAAGGGAAGUCCUGACACGUGUUGCCCAGGAGCCUCUUACAUAAUGCACCCAUAUAAUAUAUGAAACAUUCAGCUGUGAAAUGCAGGAAAGUGAGAUUUACAGUUCAAAGUAUCAGUGUUAAUGAAUGAGCACAUUUUUUUGUGGUAUAUCUGCUGCAGAACUGACAGUGAUCCAGCUCUGUGCUCCUUUGAGGUGCUAACAGGGGACUUCAUCAUAAGCCAGCAGCUUGUCACUCAGUAUUCAGCACCCAAGCCAGAGAAAGGACACCCAAUUUACACCCAACAAUAUGCUGUUUUUCUGCUCUGACCUUUAAGCGGCCCCUAAUGUUUUAACAUGGACAAAUGCACCAUGUUCGGUAAAACAAAGUGAUUUCAGACCAUUUGUAUUGAGCAAAUUGGUGAUGAACAGCUGAAAUGCAGCAAUCCAGUGCAGGGGCAUUCCUAUCUAUGUGCUCAUUAUUGAUUUAGGUACAAAACCUUGCCUGCAUCAGGCAAAUGACUCCCCCUCAGGGUUCUUUAGAGGGGUUGUUCUCUUUUUAUGAUGUGAAAAUCCCAGAAAAAAAAUCAAUGUUUUUUUUUUUUUUGUUCUGGGCUGUUUUGUCCUCAUUAUCUCAUUCCUAUAGCUGAGUAAUGAGGUAAAGCUCCUGAGGGCUCGGGUCGUAGGUAGGCCAUGAUGACUUCAUCUCAGUGAAGUGAAAGUCACACUACAGGACUGUUUCAGCAGCCUCCAAGUGUCUCUGUGUCUAAUCCAAGCAAUGGCAUGGGCCCUUCACACCCCUGGGUGCUAUGAGAACCAGCAAAACAAAUAUUUUAGAGCUUAACAAGACCCUCAAAUACAACCCGCUUGCAGCUAUAGCACCUGAAAACGGAUGAAAAGGGACACUGAAAAUGUGUUUUUGAAAGGAAUGGAAUAAUCUGUCAUGGGGCAAACUUGUGUUGAAAGCAGUCACCCACCUUUCCCUCGUGGUCCUGCAGUUGUUCUCUGCAGACAGACUUUGCUAAGAUCUGGUCAUAAAAUGUUAGCAUUAUUUGAAUACUGGGGCAAAAGGAUGCUUAAAGCAGAACCUCAGCCUACCAUUCAUUACAUAAGAGCACAACAAAGAGUCACACAGUGAAGGGUUAUGGCUCGGGGUCGGGUGACAGCAGCAUAUGAUUCAUGGCUCGCUGUGCCCUUUUGUCUUGUCCUCCUUGUGGUGGGACCAUCCACUGCUCUUAGCCAGUGCUGUUUCACAGCCUUCAAGAGCUCGCUCACUAGCUCGCUGUCCCUUCCAAGCAAACCGGCAAUGUCAUUUCCCGUGUCUCCUUCUUUCCUACGAGCGGGAAAAAAGAAAGAAUAUGGCAUGUGUCACAAUAAGAGAUGUUCUUUUUUGCUUUAUCGUUUUGAUGUAGGGGACAACACAGUGUAUUAAAAUGACUUUGGAUUUAUCUGUAAAGGUUUUCCACAAAAGAAAACAUUACCUGGACUUUUGUUGCAUAAAGAGAGAACGACCCGACCUGUGUUUGGGGUUUAAGGGAGUGAUUUGUGCACAGACAAAAGAGGAGACAUGUGCCGAGGAGAAUAAUGCAGCACACUGCAAUAACCUUUGGUAUUAUACGUAGGCCAGAGCAGUUCCUCCUCUUAGACAUCUUGCCUGUUUAUUCUGUUUUGCUGUUCAGCUCUCAAAGCAAAAAUGCUGAUGAAGAACGAAGAGUUAAAAGACGAUUUUGAACAUUUUCAUAAAUUUCCUUACGUGGGCACAGCAUCAAGACAUCAAUAACAUCAAUACAGCUCAUGAUUAUUGAAAACCAUUGCUUUUAUGCAAAUCCAAUAUGUGAAUGCAUCAGUAUAAAUAUUGUUUUCGUUGUCAUUUGGUGGGACAGGCAGUCUAUAUUUAUGAGUGUGUGUCCAGGCUUGUAAAAUAAUACGAGUGUGACUGGGAGGACACUCUUUCACAGCAUGAAAAUAGGAAUGUUUGGUCUGCAGCAGAGGCUUCCCCCACCCAAAUGUGACUCCUCGAGCCUCUAAUGGAGUCAAACAGCUGCUGACACCAGCUGUGUGGCACAAUUGCCCUCCCCGUUUGCUACUGUUGAGACCUACAUGUGUCCUGCCACUCUGAUUUCUUAUAUGUCAAGGAAACCUCUGAAGGCACACAGACAUGAAUGAAUGGGGCAAUAGACCCGUUUGAGAUUGUACCAAAUAGCAGACGUGUCUCUUAUUUGAACUAUUUGGGCUCCACUUGAGAGAAAUUAGUCUGUUCUGAAUCAGUGUUUUUGUUUAGCUGAUGGUGUUAUUUGUCCUCCUAAAGGUCAGCAUUUUGUACGAGUAAUACUCUAACACUUGAAACUAUGUGAUAGUGUCACUUUUAUCCGCUCUGUAAGCCUUCUACAGAUACACUAAUCCUUUUAGAUAACAUUAUUGUGAUAUAUUGAUGGAGGAAAGAUCAAAAGAGAGUUUGUCAUUGUCUGUCCUCCACACAUGCGCAGGAGGCACAGCUGUGCGCGCGGGAGUUCCCACUCCUUUUGAUGCCAUUCAUGGAGCGGCUGUUGUCAAUGAGAGCAAUGAACAACCAAAUAUGGAGAAGGGGUUGCGCUGCUCAGCCCCCCUCUUACGGACACUUGUCAGAGUAUAAAUUGGUCUGAGGUGACCCUCUGGCACCCCUGGUUUACACACUCAAGAUCCAGCGCCUGGAGCUGAUCUGGUGAGUACCUGAAGGAGAGAAAGAGUAGAAUUCAAGCAGUGGAUUUAUCAUGUGAGGAUGGAUACAGGAUUUUAACACAGUUGGAAGUGACCCUCAUCUCUACCAAAGGUUUAUCAUCUAACUGAAAUGGAUCAUCUCAUUUUGUUGGCUUUUCAUCUUCUCAUCAAAAUUUGGAAUUUACGUUGUUUUUAAUAUGAGAAAAUGUUCAUUCAAUAACUCCUAAUCUAAUCUCUUACUACACAUUUCAAUAGCAUUUAAUAUCAUCUUAAUCAUGCUAAAUUAACCAUUAUGUUGUCCACAAAAGAAACCUUAUACACUGUUUUUUUAUUUUAAGUGAAAGGGAAAAAUCUUCUGUCAGCCUAUUAAAACUCACUAAGCUUCCAUCCCCGUGUGUCUUGCAGAGCUGGCAUCAUGUGCGACGAGGACGAGACUACUGCUUUGGUGUGUGAUAACGGCUCUGGCCUGGUGAAGGCUGGAUUCGCCGGCGAUGACGCACCUCGCGCCGUGUUUCCCUCCAUUGUUGGUCGCCCCCGUCACCAGGUAAAGUUGACUCUUUAUCAACUUUAAAGGCAUAAUAUUCUGGUGUGAUAAAAAAAAAAAAAAAAAAAGUAAGGUAUGGGCUGGAUGAAGGCCAGAUUUUUGUACGUGAAUGUGAUGUUAGGUAAGUCUUUAAUUUCAACACUCAUCCUGUCAUUGCAUUCAUCAGGGCGUCAUGGUCGGUAUGGGCCAGAAGGACUCCUACGUUGGCGACGAGGCCCAGAGCAAAAGAGGCAUCCUGACCCUGAAGUACCCCAUCGAGCAUGGUAUCAUCACUAACUGGGACGACAUGGAGAAGAUUUGGCACCACACCUUCUACAACGAGCUACGUGUGGCCCCAGAGGAGCACCCCACCUUGCUGACCGAGGCGCCCCUCAACCCCAAAGCCAACAGAGAGAAGAUGACCCAGAUCAUGUUCGAGACUUUUAAUGUUCCUGCGAUGUACGUUGCCAUCCAGGCCGUACUGUCCCUGUACGCAUCCGGUCGUACCACAGGUAUGGCAGCGCUCCAAUGUGUUGCAGAGGUUUUUUUUCACCUAAUAAAUAUUCGAAUAACACUAUCACGCACUCCUCACCAGGUAUUGUGCUGGACUCUGGGGAUGGUGUGACACACAACGUGCCAAUUUAUGAGGGUUACGCUCUGCCUCACGCCAUCAUGCGUUUGGAUCUGGCCGGUCGUGACCUCACUGAUUACCUCAUGAAAAUUCUGACCGAGCGUGGAUACUCUUUUGUCACAACUGGUAAGUGAUAACUUGGUUAUCAUCUUCUCAAACUAUUUUCAUCAUGUAGACUAAUAUUCAACAAUUCUUUCACCCUCCAGCUGAGCGUGAGAUCGUGCGUGACAUUAAGGAGAAGCUGUGCUAUGUGGCUCUUGACUUUGAGAACGAAAUGGCCACUGCAGCCUCCUCCUCGUCCCUGGAGAAGAGUUACGAGUUGCCAGACGGUCAGGUCAUCACCAUCGGCAACGAGCGCUUUCGCUGUCCAGAGACCCUCUUCCAGCCCUCGUUUAUCGGUAUGUAAAAGAGAGAACUUUACAGAUGAGGUGUUCACAGUAUCUGACACCAUACCGCGUUCUUCUCCCAUCUACAAACUCCUUGAUUAUGAUGGUGACCCCAUAGAGGGAUCAUUUUAUAAAGCAGAGUUACAAAAAGUCACCCUAGGCUGAAAUAAAACUUAGCAAGUGGAGAAAAUUUUUAAAUGGCGUACCAUUCGGCGUAAAAAACAGGUGCUUGUGCGUUGAAAAAACUGGCCUGAAAAAUUCAACAGCUGGGUCAUGGAUCAAACCCAGAGUGACGGAUUUCACGUGACUUUGCCCUCUAAUGCUAACAAGGAUGUGUUUAUUCAUAAAACCAGUUCAUGUUAUACCGUGGAUCUGGCUAAAGCUAUAGAAGUGAGAGGAGAAUGGCUGGUGGGUCCUUGCGAGAUUACUUACCCCUGAACGUAAGAAGUAAGAGAUUUGGUGGAGGGGGGUACUACGAUAGCCCAAAAGUGCUGGCGGAGCUUACCCUUCCAGCACUAAGAGAGUAUGUCCCUAGCGCCGACAUUUCUAACAACAGGAUAAGCAGAAAAUUUUAUUUUAAAGGAGAUGGUCAGUACCAAAUCUGUGCGUCUGCCCCCUUUGCAUACAUGCUGGGAGUGCUGGUGGACAAAUGGUGGACAAUUUCUAACUGCCAAUCUCAAUAUCCGAUCGAUUUACAAGCGGGUCUAUACAGUCUGUUUAUUUACACAGACAUCAUUCUGUAUCAAUCAGUCGGUGAUAGCUACUCACCGCUACUGGCAACAGUCAAAGUCUUAGGAGAUUUUGGUGAUAUGGUCAGCAUCAGAUAUCAUACAAUACAUUAUCUACCCAUGUCCAAAAAUCACAUCAAGAGCAUUCGCAUCGAGACUAAAACGGAUAGGAACAGGUGUGUGGACUCACGCUGGUAUCGGAGCAAAUCCUUGCCGUUUUGUCAGUUACUACAAGAGUCAAGUAGAGGGUACUUUGGCGGGUUUUUAUGGAACACCAGUCAUGUACGGAAGGGGCAUAGGCUCAAUAUUUUCAAGUUUAUUUCAUUUCGUGGCCCCUUUGGUGAAAAAAGGUUUCUCUGUCGCUAAAUCUCAUCUGAAAACAGCUGCCAGCAGCAUUGCCACUGGUGUGGUAACCAAAAGGUAAAGUAGUGCCAUCUGCAAAGAGACGUCUUUUGUCAUAACACCACUCGAAGCUUUUUCUGAAAUGUUACAUUUUUCAAGGUGAGGCUUUUUUUAUCCUGCACAAUGUUUCACAAAGAGAUCUCCAACACUUUUUUUCUCCAGUUAUUUAAAAAAUAGAGCACUCCAAAGUACUAGUCUGCCCUUUUUCUAAACCAAUAACUAAAUCUAACCUUUAUGUUUUGAUGGUGGGGGAUAAUCUAACAUUUACUCUAUCAUUUCCAAUAAAUCAGAUCAUAAUGAUUGCAAAUGUGAUGUGGAAUAAUCAACACUUCAAAAGUUUUUCCUUCUUAAAAGAUAUUAAAACUCAAAACUAACUUUUAUCAAUAACUGAAGAAAGUUAACUUCUUGUUGGUGCACAUUUAGCCCUCAAGUUUCAGGAAUCAAAACAUGAUUUUAUUCAUCUUAUGAUAACAGAAGAAACCCUGGAUAGAUGGCCAAGAUGCUUUCUAAAAAUAGAUAAGUAUGUUGAUCUCAUUACUAAAUGACUACCUUCAUGUGAUCAUCAAAUUGAGGUCAGAGUUCUGCUCCAUCACCUUGUGGCCCAUAGACAGACGUGGGUAAUCUAAAUCAGAGGCUCAUUGUUCACAGUUUUGCCACAGCACGCGCAGCUGCUGGCGGAGCUGUCCCUUUCAGCACCUGUUACAACAGCUGACGUGGGUGUCGCUUGUGAUUUUUAGCUGCCGGGGGGGAACAACUCACUAACUUGUCAGCUGUUUUGGCGCAGGCAUGGAAUCUGCUGGCAUCCACGAGACCACCUACAACAGCAUCAUGAAGUGUGACAUCGACAUCCGGAAAGACCUGUACGCCAACAACGUGCUGUCCGGCGGCACCACUAUGUACCCGGGUAUUGCUGACCGCAUGCAGAAGGAGAUCACUGCACUGGCUCCCAGCACCAUGAAGAUCAAGGUAACUUUGACACCAUGUUGGAUAUCUCUAUUACAUUCCUAAGUAGAGUGUAGAAUAAAGUUUUAUGGGUUAUUGUUGUUGAUGUUGGUUGUUGAUGUUUUUAAGAAGAGGCUAAGACUCACCUUUUUAACCAGACUUUUCACUAAUUGCCUUUUUUAUAUUUCUCUAAUUGCAAAUGUUCAUUUUAAUUGAAGUUCUUAAUGGUUAUUUUAUGUCAUUUUAUGAAUUAUCUCUGUUCUUCGUCUUUUUCUUAUUUCUUAGAGAUUUUUACUUUUUUUUUUUUUUUAGCCCUUUUGCAUGGUAAAGAGCUCUUACUUAUCUGUUCAUUUAAUAAUAUUUUCUUGUUUUAGUCAGUCAGGUUUUAGUCUGUCUUUUUACCGUUUUAUUUUUUAUCUUUUAUUUUUGAUCUUUGUGUCUGUGUGUGGGUCCAUGGGUGGAUGUGUGGGUGGGAGAUUUUGGUUUUAUAGUUGUCAAUUGUUGUUUUUAGCCUCUGUGAGGCACUUUGAACUGCAUUUUUGUCUGAAAAGUGCCAUAAAAAUAAAGUUGAAUCUGAUUUGUGUUUAGAUCAUCGCCCCCCCUGAGAGGAAGUACUCCGUGUGGAUCGGCGGUUCCAUCCUCGCCUCUCUCUCCACCUUCCAGCAGAUGUGGAUCAGCAAGCAAGAGUACGACGAGGCCGGACCUUCCAUCGUCCACAGGAAGUGCUUCUAA